AUGGAAAGUAAAGGCACUGACAUAGUACAGUCUGCCUGCCAGCCCUCAGGUACCCUUUUCCAGAUUUGUGUCAACUCUGAGCCUGAUCUCCUGUUGGGCUUUCUGGACAGUCUGGACCCAGAGAUGUUUCUCAGAUGUGCUGAUUCAGAGUCAACGUGCCUGGAAAACCUGGAGAAAGAGAUCUUCGGAAAAACAAAUUCCAUAUCAACCUCCAUCUCUCCUCCUUUGGGGUCCCCAUCAGCUAAGCUGGAGGCCAUUAAUGAAUUGAUAAGGUUUGAUCAUGUAUAUACAAAGCCCCUAAUACUGGAGAUUCCUGUUGAAGCAAGCAACCAAAACAAUAUGCUAGUGAAAAUUGAGAAAGAAUCUCUCUCUUCAUCUGAAGACAAGGAGCUUCAUCUGAAGAUGCUGGACCCUGAGGUCCCAGCAUCUGAGAAGGAAGAACCUGUAGACAGCUUCAUGCCUGAACUGGGCAUUUCUCAUUUGCUUUCUUCUCAUCCUAGCCUUGAAGCCUCAAACUACUUGUUGGAUGCCUGUAAUGACUCUGGGUAUGAAGGAUCCCCGUUGCCCUUCAGUGACGUGUCCUCUCCACUUGGCACUGACCAUGUGUGGGAGAAUAGCUUUGCUAGUGAACUCUUUUCCCAGCUGAUCAGUGUUUAACUUGGUAGUGUUAACUCCCCUUGGGUAACUGUCCUGGCAGAUAUCAGCAUAUGCCCCUUUGUAAAGUGUGUAUGGGGAAAAUCAAGUGUAUUCAGAAAAGUGUUGCUCUCUUCUACCCAUGCUAGUAGAUGGAGUGAUGGUAUGAAAAAACAUAGUGUGUCCUGCUCUGCCCCCCCAUCAGUGUUGGCUUAUGAGCGAGGAAGCUUUGUUUCUCAAUAACUUGCUAAUUCUAUAUGAACCUGAAAAUGUUAAUUUUGUUUUACAUUUAAAAUUUUAACACCAAAAACUGCAGUGGGAUAGUCAUGUAUAGACAACUGGAGUAAAACUUUAAUAGUCUCUACAUCUUACAGCUUUACUAUGUAAAUGCUUGUUUUCCAUUUGCUAUGUAGAGUUGCUUUCUCCAUUUAAUAUUUAAUUGUAUUGGUGCAAUUAAAAUGCAGUGCAGCUCA